AUGCGGCCAUUGUCAUUACUUGCUGUCGCGGCACUGGCAGCAGCGCCCUCCGUCGCUGCCAAUGCUCCCUCGGGCAAAGUAGUGCCUGGAGCAUACUUUAUUGAACUUGAUGCGAGCACUAAUGUGAUUGCCUUUGGAGAACAAGUAAAGGCAGAAGCCAAUGCUCGCAUUCGUCGUCAGAUAGACUACGUGCCGAACAAGGCAAAGAGAGCAGAUGCGCCUGUACGGGCAAAAGGAGCAGACGAGCCGUACAAGGCCGUCUCGAUCGACUUGUCCGAUGAAAGCAUGAUUGACAAGGUGGCAGCGAUGCCCAAUGUUGCCAAAGUAUACCCGAUCGAGCUGCUUCCCUUUGAUGGAUCAUCCCCCACGCACGCCACGCAGCAGUCGUUUGCCGGUGAGAAGGGCCAAAGCCUAGUAGAGCGGCAGGCUCUGCCUGGAAAAAAUGCAGCAGCAGACACAUACGCGCCUCAUGUCAUGACGCAGGUUGACAAACUUCGCGACAAGGGAAUAACGGGCAAGGGAGUCAAGAUUGCCUUGCUUGACUCGGGUAUUGACUACGAACACCCAGCACUAGGGGGUUGUUUUGGUCCUGGAUGUCUCGUCUCCUUUGGCGCCGACCUGCUCAAGAACGAACCAACGCCAAAAGAUUGUAAUGGUCACGGAACUCAGGUCGCCGGCAUCAUCGCUGCAAAACCUAACCCACUGGGCUUUACCGGGGCCGCGCCUGGCGUUCAGUUAGGCAUGUAUCGCGUAGCCUGCAACGAGGUGCUUCCUAGCGACAUUCUUGUUGAGGCAAUCCAUCUCGCCCUCAAAGAAGGUGUGGACAUCAUCUCGUCAUCAGUAGGGAAUCCAGGCGGUUGGCCAGACAGUCUCCUAUCAAAGACGGCAAUGCGAGCUGUGGACCAAGGUGUCGUAUUCGUGCAAGGGGCAGGCAACGAUGGUGAGGGCGGUUUAUUUUCAAACCUGGACCCUGCUGUUAGUCCUGGUGUUAUUAGCGUCGGAAUGAUGCAAAACAGCGUGGUUCCCAGCCUCCUUAACGCGUCCAAGUAUACUAUUGAUAACGAGCCCGAAGUUGCCUUCCCCUUCUAUCCGACAAGGCCGUACGGAGACUUUACUGGCAGCCCUAUGGAGGUCUACGCCCCGAGCGUGGCCGGAUCUAGUGCUGCUGCUAGCGAAGAUGUGCACGCCUGUGGACCAUUCCAGGACAACACACCGGAUUUAAGCGAUAAGCUCGUCCUUAUGCGUGUUACCAGAGAUGAAGGGGAGUGCAAUUUCCAGGUUAGAAUUAAAGCGGCUCGUGAAAAGGGGGCCAAGAGCUUUAUAAUAUACCUGAAAGACCAAAAGGCUAGGGGGGUAGACUUGCCAACCCUAGCGGACGGGGUUGUCGCCGUGGGAUUCCUAGACUCUGACGUCGCAACAUCAAUGCUCGAGGCUAUCAAGGCUGGCCGCAAGGUCGUCGUCACGGCCUUCCCAAGUCAGGGGAACGUGCCGUUGCUCUAUCGUGAGCAGCCGAAUCGCAACGCGGGAGCUGUGUCAGCUCUCAGUUCCUGGGGUCCGUCUUGGAAUCUAGGUCUUAAGCCUUCUUUGGCCGCCAUUGGUGAACAGGUGGUAACGACGUCUUGGAGGGUUGGGAAUGCAAGUGGCUAUGGAAUCAGACGAGGAACUUCUUCUUCAGCCCCUCUAAUAGCUGGGAUUGUCGCUCUAAUUAUUGAGGCCCGUCGCUCCAAGACUGCCGGCUCCCUUGGCCCAGUCGAUAUCCAAAACCUUCUCGUGUCACACUCGCACCCGCAGCUUUACCACGACGGAAAAAACUUUCUCUCCUAUCUCGCUCCAGUUGCCCAGCAAGGUGGCGGCUUAGUGCGUGCCUAUGACGCUGCCAAUGCCAUGACACUUGUUGCGCCUGCAAGCCUUAAUUUCAACGAUACAGAACAUCGAGUUCCCUCACUCAGCUUCACUCUCAAGAACGUGGGUCAGGUAGGCGUGACUUAUAGUCUUUCUCACGUUCCUGCCAUUACAGUGUAUGCUUUCACGCAGGAUGGUAUGGUUUCUGCUCCCAAAAAUAUUGACAGAGUCGAGGCUCCGGCUGCUUUGACACUGAGAGAAACAACCGUUACCGUAGCCCCGGGAUCUUCCGCCACCGUUCACGUCUCGGCGUCGGCCCCUGAUGGCCUUGAAACGGGCCGGCUACCCAUAUGGUCCGGUUGGAUUGCGGUGAACGGGUCCGAUGGCAGUUCCCUUUCCCUUCCCUACCAGGGGGUUUCCGGCUCGAUUCGGCAGCACCAGGUCUUGCCACCGAAUGGCAUGUCGCUCUUCUAUCAAAAUAUCCCCAUAAGCGAGAGCCCCAACGUUAAGCUGCCACCGCAGGGCUCUGUCGAGGCAUCCAAUCUCAUGUUCAACAUCAGUGCGACACUGGGGGUCCCUCUCUUGCGUGCUGAAGCUGUGCCUUUGGGUCCUGAUAACACUCCCGCCGCGGAAUCACUUGGCCAGCUUCAAGGCUUUCCAGUCCGGUGGCUCCCAAACAACUUGGAGGGAACUAAUCCCGACUUGCUUCGGCUCGUCCAGUUCAGAUGGAACGGCAAGCUCGACUCGGGCAAUUAUGCUCCCGAGGGCUCCUACAAGCUGGUCGUGCGAGCCUUGAGAAUCUUUGGCAAUCCGGACAAUAAGGAGGACUGGGAUGUAAGGGAGUCGCCACGGUUUAGCAUCACUUACUAG